AAACCCACUUGGCUGCGCCUCAUUCUUUAUUCUUAUUCGAUUCAUACCCGAUAUGAGUGUAAAUUUCAUCAAGGAGAAAAGGUCUCGGAUAAAUCGAGAAGAGAGUAUCCCGUCGUCGACGACUUUGCAAAACUUCCAGUGAUCUUUUACAAUACUUUUGGUAUAGCUCCCUAUGGAACUGAAACUGGAACUAGCCUUUGGUUUCAUCUCUUUUUUUUGCUGAUAAUCGUCAACACGAUGGUAGUUCUCACAACGGAAGUUCAUUUUAUGGUGAAAACAUUUCGCGAAAUCGAUAAUUUUUUUGAGGGUAGCAUUUUAUUGGGCUACAUAUCUUUCUCGGUUGUGGGCAUUUUAAAAAUAUUUACAGUGCAGAUUAAAAAGCCAAAGUUGACCAGUCUGGUGCGAAAGUUAGAGGCUUGCUUCCCGCCUCCCAACGAAAAGGAGCAGGAGCAGUAUGAUGUGAAGUUCUACCUGAAACAAUGCCAUCUUUACACCAAGGGAUUUGGAGGUCUCCUCACGGUUAUGUGCGUGGUCCACACCCUGACUCCCGUAAUCAUACAUAUUUUUAAGAAAUGGUGGCUCCACUUGUCGGAUGCUGAACAGCAGCUACCUUUUUUCAAUUUUGCGCCUUGGGAAUGGCGCAACAGCUGGAGAUUCUAUCCAACCUAUCUUCUCCAGUCGCUUGCCGGCUAUACUACAACCUGUGGAGACAUAUCCGGUGACCUUAUGAUCUUUGCCGUGGUGUUCCAGGUCAUCAUGCACUACGACAGACUGGUCCAGGCCCUCAGGGAGUUCAAGAUUCAGAAUCAUUGCCAAGUCGAUGGAGCUUAUGAGGAUCAAAGGGCGUUGCGGUGCUUAAUCGCCUUCCACAUCGAUAUACUCGGUAUCACCGACGUAAUGAACGACGUCUUUGGAAUUCCCCUGCUGUUGAACUUUAUGGUCUCUUCGCUGCUCGUUUGCCUAGUGGGUGUUCAAUUAACCGUCGAAUUCCACCCCGAGUAGUUUUGUAAGCAAUUGCUACUACUAGUUUCAGCACUGGUGGAGAUAUAUCUCAUCUGCUCCUUCAGCCAAAAGCUGAUUAAUGCGAGUGAAAACGUGGAACUUGCAGUUUACGAUAUGAAUUGGAUCGCGGCAGACGUUCGAUGCCGAAAAAUGCUCAUUUUAGCACUGCGGGCACAGUAGCCUGUCUGCCUGAAAGCUACAGCACUUCUAAAAGUAUCUAUGAAUACUAUGAGCUCCUUUCUUAGCUUGUCGUACAGGUUCUUUUGCGUCAUUCAAAUGAUGUAUAAGUAA